AAGCGAGUUCUGAUUAUCAGGAGCAAUCGCCAUUUCCUUUCCAAUAUGGCCGCUUUCAUGUGUGCCAUUAAAUAUCGCGAUCUGCGUUGCUUGGACUAAUGAGUUUACUGAUAGUCUUUGCGCGUUUGUCGAACCAGGAAAGGUGUGAGACAUCAUAGGUGUGCGUGCGACUUCAUACGCACGAGUAAGAAUCGGUUUCACUCUACUCGUAAGCGUGGCCCACGAUCGUUGUGUAUUAUGCCAGCGAACUCUGUGCUUGGGAUCCAUGAGGCUAUAAGCGAGGCCCUACGCGGUUCCAUCAAGGAGACCUCGCUCGAGGAAAGGCUGGUCGCUGCCUCGAAGAAAGUCCUUCUCACCAGCAUCGACUUUGAGAAGGCCGGCGAGCAGUUUUCGCACCUGCAGCACCUGCGCAUGAAGUACAAGCCGCUGAAUGCGGGCAGCAGCGGCGUCCGCGAUGUGAACGCCGCGAAGAAGGAGAAGAUGGCGGGGAAGGAGCACGGGGAGGAGGCGCCGCUGAAGCCUCGCUGCACGCUGUACGCGGCCGAGAAGCUGCGGAUGACGUGGACGCACGUGCUGCGCGUCGGCGCCGGCCUCGAGAACGCCGGCAACACGUGCUUUCUGAACGCGGUGCUGCAGUGCCUGACGUACACGCCGCCGCUGACGCACUACCUGCUGUCGGGCGAGCACGGCCAGCAGUGCCACGUCGUCGGCUUCUGCGUCCUCUGCGACCUUCAGAACCACAUGAAACGCGCGCUCUCGCAUUCGGGGCACGUCAUCCGACCGCAGAUGAUCAUCGCGCGACUGCGUCAGAUCGCGAAGCAUUUCCGCUUCGGCCGGCAGGAGGACGCGCACGAGUUCCUCCGCUACGUUCUCGACGUCGCGCAGAAGAACUGUCUCGCCGGUCAGCCUCGCGAUCUCGACCGCUUCAGCCGCGAGACGACCGUCAUCAACCAGAUCUUCGGCGGCUACCAUCGCUCGCAGGUGCAGUGCCUCAAGUGCCGCGCCAAGUCGAACACGUACGACCACUUCCUCGAUAUCAGCCUCGACAUUAAAGUCGCGAACUCGGUGCAGCGCGCGCUCGAACGCUUCGUGCAGCCGGAGCUGCUGCAGAAGGAGAACGCGUACGACUGCCGGCACUGCGCGUGCAAGGUGACGGCGCAGAAGCGCUUCACGGUGUUCCACGCGCCGAGCGUUCUCACGCUGCAGCUGAAGCGGUUCGAGUAUGCGCGAUUCGACGGCCGCAAGGUGCACGACAUGGUGCACUACCCCGAGCAGCUCGACCUGCGACCGUACAUGAGCAGGCGGGACGGCCCGCCCGUGCUCUACAGUCUCUACGGCAUCGUGUGCCACAGCGGCGGCGGCAUCCACAGCGGGCACUACUACGCGUACGCGAAGGCACCCAACGGCGUCUGGCACGUGUUCAACGACACGAUCGUGCGCGACAUGAAGAACACGAACGUGCUCAAUCGGCCCGAGGCCUACCUGCUGUUCUACGUGCGCGACUCGGCGCAGCCGCGGCUCAACGGCGAGAUCUCGCACUCCGGCGCCGCUGACGCCGCGCAGAAGCCCGGCGCGGAAGCGAGGCCGGACGCUAAGGCAGUGGCAGCGCCGCCGGCGUCGCCAGCGAAGGGCAGCUUCAUCGGGCCGCGGCUGCCGCAGGGACUGACGAUCAAUGAGGCGGCGAAACGCGCGCGGGUCGACAUGGGUAGCCCUGUCCCUCGGCAGGCGCUCUCUCCGCCCGCGCAGCAGAAGGUUCCGCCGAAGUCGGCGCCGGAGAAUUCACCGAAGCCAAAGGUGACGCCGUCGUCGUCGCCGCUCGCACGCGAGAAGAUCUCGUUCGGCAUCAAGCCGCACACUGAGCUCGUGAAACCACGCAUCGUGAUGCACAUCAAGCAGGGCAAGGUGGUCGCGAACACCAGCAAGGCGGACCCCGCCGACGCCGCCGCCGCCAAGCUCAACCCGCUCGUGCCGUACCCCGAGCAGUCGUCGUCCGACAAUGACUCGGACGCCGAGAACAAGGAGGCCGUGAAGCGCAAGCCGAGGGAGGCGGCGGCGUCGCCGAAGGCCGGCAAGACGGACAAGCUGCCGAGCGGACUGCGCGAGGGGAACCGGCCGUAUCCCGACCUCCAGCUGGCGGUGAAGUCGCCGCUGGGAGCGAAGCAGAGCGGCAACGUCCCGGCGGCGCGCAGCGUGUCGAGUCCCAUCACGGUGCAGCACGUCGCCCUGUGCAGCCCGCUGCGUAACGGCACGCCGCCCGUGCGCGCCACCUCUCAGUGGAUCGUCACCGACCACAACCUCGUCUCGCCGUCGUCGCAGGGCAGCAACUGGAGUGUGAACUCGACGACCGAGUGGACGGUGUCGGACGGCUCGCCGCGCAAGGCCGCCGCCGCUAGCCGCGAGUACUCGCUCAGCGCGGGCUGGACGAUCGAGGCGGACACAAAGCCGGCGCCCGCCGCGCCGCAGCCCCCCGCCGCGGGGGCUCCCCCGGACGAGGAGAAGAACGAGGAGCAGGAGCAGAGCCGGGGCGCGUGCGAUGCGUCGUCGUCGGCCGGCGGCAGCGAGCGGUUGUCGAGCGGGCACGCGUCGGAUUCGGACUCGCGGCAGAGCAGCAUCCGGCUGAAGCUGUGCAAGAGAAACUCGAGCAGCGAGAAACCUACCGAGACGCAGUCGUCUGAAAGCGACGACACGCGGCACCGGAAGAAGAAGCGUCGGAACGGCGACGACGCUGAAGCAGGCGGCAAGAAGCACAAGAAGAGGAAGCGGCAGAGGAGCCGGUCGCCGGGGGAGGAGGGCGGCGAGUGCGCGAGCGAGUCGCGCGCGGACGACGACGAGGCGUCGGUGAGGAAGCGCCACAAGAAGCACAAGAAGAAGCGGCGGAAAGAGAAGGAGCGGCGGAAGCGGGAAGCGCGCAGCGAGGACGACGACGACGACGGCGAAGCCUCCUUCAAGAUGGAGUGGGUGGAGAAGACGAAGGAGACGGUGCUCACAGACACUCUCGACGCGCUCCCUGCCGCUGCCGCCGCCACUGAGCUCAAGCCCGACGCUCAGGUGCCGACGUACAGUUGGGACGCGCACGCGAAGGAGGGUGUGGCGGCGGCGGCGGUGGGGAGCGGCGCGCCCGCUCGACCCUCGCUCGGCGUCGAGGAGCUGCUGCUUGGUCAGUCUAGUCACGGCUACGGCGUGGGCGUGUCUAGCUGGGACGGGGGAGACAGCCAUGUCGACCUCGACGUCAAGCGGGAGAUCGCCGAGCAGCAGCUGCGCCGUCGCUACGACGACGGUCACGACGAGGAGCUCGACUGCGGCAAGACGAAGAAGGUGAAGCAGCGCCCCCUGCUGGAGCAGCGGCCGGCGAGCGAGAACCCGUUUCAGAAGGUAGCCACGCUCAAGCAGCAGGUUGGGAGCCACCACUGGCAAACACCGUCCGGCUCAAGAAAUCACUACCAAGUAGGGACCGGUUGUCAUGGUAACAGUCAUCGCGGUGACGGCUACCACGCAGCGAAAUUUCAGGGUGGUGGCCCCAGAACAGGCCAUGGAGAUGGGUAUAGUAAUUACAAUUAUGGAAGAAACACGAACACGAAUGGUUUCCAGGGCAACAGCUACCAUAGUCGUCAUCAUCAUCAUCACGGACGAAGUUUUCGAAACUAGAUGCUAAUAUUAAUUUGUUAACAAUCAGCUACCUGCUACCUGUGUCACUGCCAAUUGAUAUGUUAUCAAAAUUGACAAUUGAGCUUUUUAAAAGCGUUACACGUGCAGGAAUACUAUGUCAUUUGACAUUUUGUGGCAUUUUAAUCACAUGCUGUUGUGCAGUUGUGUACAGGAGUACAAAAGACAGUUACUAAAGAGAACCUUCACUUAGUACAAUAAAUACAUUAAAUUGUACGUGAUCCACUUUAAAACGUUUUUUUCUCUAAGUUUUAGGCAAAAGCACACUACACACAACAGUUGCCAAGUUUUGUUUUCUGGAAAACACUGCAGAUUUAUAAGUACUGUUUAAGUAAACUUUCAUUUGUAAUGCCUGUGACGCUGGUGCCCAGAAGGUUACAGUAUAGAAGCAGGUGCGUUCUGGUGUAUGUGCAAAUCUUGUUGUUAUUUACCCCCCCCUUUUAUAUGAAUCAGGGAUGUAGUGUAUUUGACCUGUCAGUUUAAAUUAUUGAUUAUACAUUGCUAUCAUGCACUAAAGAAACGUGUUCACAUAGUGAGUAGAGCAAGCAAGAACUAUCCAGUGAUUAUCAUGACUGCUAAAUCAUUAGGUGUGGACACGAGUAUCUUUUUUUAUACUCUGUUAAUACCAGUUGUUGGCUUUUAGAAUGGGGAAAGUACAAUUGGGGUUAACACUUGCAAGUCUGCACUGUAGUUUCACAAGCGAAAUUGAUGCUAAUUAAUUGUGUGUGCAACAGUGUUGCAAUUUUACGAAGGUUACGCGAUAGAACACGCCUAAUUGACAUAUUGACAAAUGAUUUAACUUAAAUUAAGUGACAGGUUGUGUACACGGGUGGGUGUGGUGCGUGCAAAGGAAAGGCAAAAUGAACAAGUCUUUGAAGAAUUAGAUCCGAUUGCACCUCACUACUACACCAUACUCAAGGUAGUAAAAGUAGUAAAAAUAGUAGUAAAAAUAUUUUGGUAGUAAAAGUACCAAAAAAUCGUAAAUAGUGUAGAUCGUCCCAUGUGACUUUCAUGUAGUAUAUUUUGCAUACCGAGAUGAAAUUCGUGCUCGAUGUGUGAGGAUAUUAUUUGUCUGUGUUUGGCGAAUUAGUAUAAAUUCGUAAAAAGACAUAAGUAGUCAAAUUAGGUGAACUAAGUAGACAAUGCAACCCACUUUUAACUAGACAAUCCUAAUUUAAUAUUCUGACACCUGAGUUGUGCUGUAGAAUUUUUUGUGCACUCAUGAUUGCACAUGGACUGUUGGGAUGCUUCCUAUAUUAACGAGUUUACUUCGAUUCAAUUUUUUAUGAAAUGUGUCAAUUAUCAAUACAAAUCACACAGCAGUAGCAUGGGAUCAUGAAGAUAUCACAUGUAAAAACUUGUAAUCGUAUGCCUGUUUAUAGUUACAAAUAUUUAAUGUAAUUUUUGUAAUUUCGACCCAGCAGUACCAUAAGCAAUGUGUUUAUGUAGGUUUUUGCAAUGAAACUAUUCUCUAGGUGGGGUGGGUGGGGUUUAUUAAAUGCUGUCAGAUCAGUCGCAUGUAAUAAGUGCUAUAUAUAUGUCACACACAACAUGCGGUCAGCCUUGAGUGCACACACCAACACGCAAUUCACUUUCUUCAAGCCACAUCAAAUGUAUAUACGUAUAAUAUAUCUCACAAGAAAGGGAGAGAAGCGACACGGUAGUUUACCUACAUGAACAGAUAUAUAGUACAUGUAGUAGCAAUGUUGUUAUUGUUUUAUGAACACUGUUUGGUGAGUACUGACCGUAGUGCAAUUUUGGUACAGUUGAUUGCUAGUAGAUCCAUGUGGAGUGUUGUGUGCCUCACAUGGUUUUGUUGAAAAGGUAUUGUAUAUUGUAUUGUAUCUUUUUUCCGUCUAGUGAUCAUGAGAUGCACUAUGUCAGUAUCGAGUUGAGAGAUUGCUUUGUCAAUAUGUGGUGAUUGGUGGUGUCACGAGCCUUUCUUCCGUAAAGGUAUUCACUUUGUUAUUACACAUUUUAAUCAUCAUUUUAGUAAAAAGUAACAUUGCAAGAAAACUUGUAUAUUUUAUAUAUGAAUCGGCAACCUGUCUAAAAUAUGCUAUGGGGUACAACCUCUAGCGUAAGUUCAGUAUCGUGACAGAAACCGUAUAUGUAAGAAAGGACCUGAAUGUCAGUCGGUCCAAUUGCGCUCCGUGUGUUCAACAUAACGGCCAUUUUAUAGAGAAAAACUGUGCCGCUGAAUGCACUCUUCGUUAUUAACACGGUGCCAGGUUUUAAUAAUAACUCGGCUGAAAAUGCAGUGAGAACUUGGUUCGUCUUUACGUAAUACAUAGAAUGUAAAGUGUGCAAUUGGCGAUACUGUAUAUUAUGGGAUAACCGUGUAGGCAGAGGUGUAAGCCUGGUAUCAAAAAUGUGUUAGUAUGUCAAGCAUUGUAAACUUUUUAGUAAUGGCUGAACUGAUCACUGAAUUGCUUAAAAUUCGAUGUAUGAUAACUGUACACAAGUGACACAUGAAUUAAAUAUUACAUGUCAUUGAAAAUUAAACCUUUUCUUGAUACUAAA